CUUCCUGCUAUUUUGGUUCCUACUACCUCUUGUGUGUGGUUGCCCUCUGCAGGUCUGGAGUGCAUUUUGUUUUUGUGUUUUGUGAAUAUUGGACUUUGACACAACACACACCCAGCUGUGAAGUGUCAGCUGACAGUUGUCAAAACUAUUGAGUCAACGCUUCUGGUCUUAUUGACACAAGUCAAGGAAGCAGAGAGUGGUUGUCAAAAAUGUCUCAGAUAAAGGACUUUAAUCUGGAAUAUACAGCUCCCAACAGAGAGAACAUAUUUUCUGAAGGAGAUACUAUCGAUGGUACAGUCACUUUCACUUUGACGAAAGACACCAAAAUAAAGAGCAUGAUGGUGAAAGCCAAAGGGGACGUGAACGUGCGCUUUACAAAAGGGGAAGAUUCUUUCAAAGCUCACAAGAGAUACUUCAAACUCAAAGAGUACUUAGUUGCGGAAAAUUCUAAAGGCACUGUACUUCCCAGAGGAAUCCAUCGCUUUAAGUUCAGGUUUCAAAUGCCAGAGUGGUGCAUGCCACCAUCCUUUAAAGGGAAACAUGGAAAGAUUGUCUACAUGCUUGAAGCAAAAAUAUCCAGGAGCUGGCAUUUGUCUACUGUAGUACGAACAGAGUUCAAAUUCUUUUCAAAGUCCUUUUUACACUCUGCUCUCGUGAAUUCUGUUCCCCAGUCUGGUUCGGUGAGUAAAAACAUUGGGGUGUUCUCCAAAGGAGAGGUCGAAAUGUCUGCUACCGUCAACACAAAGGUUUGCUCUCCAGGUGACACCUUAUCUGUUGUUGCCAAAAUCUGCAACUCUUCUUCCAAAAAAAUGAGGCCCAAAUUCAGUUUACUACAGAGAACAGUGUACAAAGCCAGUGGCUCCACCAAAACCAGUGACAAAAGUCUGUGCGAAAUGGUCGGAGAAACAAUUGCACAGAACUCAGAGGAAACGGUCUCCUGCCAAGUGAAGAUUCCUGUUGAUGACAUCUUCACUCUCGACAAUUGUGAAAUCAUCUCAGUUGACUCUAAACUCAAGGUGUACCUGGACAUUAGUUUUGCCUUUGACCCAGAGGUGGUGUUUCCACUGAUCAUCGUUCCUUCUGGCUUUGCUGCCCUUCAGCCUGGUGAGGCUGUGGGGCCUUACCCAGCUGGAGCUUUUGGAGCCCCAAGUGCCAGUGACUUCCCUUCCCCUGCCUUCCCAACUGGAGCUUACCCUGUAGCUGCUGGUUCAGAAGCUCACAGGCACCCAGCACAAGCUCCCACUCAACAUGAAAACAUAGAUGGCUGUAAUAAUAAGGGGCCACAACAGGCCCCACCACAUGAUUCUUCAACUGCAGCUUCAUCUACAGUGCAGCAUCAAGAGCCAACUGCUUCACCUCAACAGGGAGAAGAUCCUCCGUCUUAUGUGUCCAUUUUCCCUCCUUCCAAGGACCCUCAGGGUGAGACUGGGUCACAUUCAUGAAAAUAAGCUUCAAACAGAACACAAAUAAUCUUGACUCGUGAAGGCACUUGAGCUGUUAAUAAUACUGUAAAACAUCUACUGUCUACAAAUGUGAAACUGCAUUUGUCUACCACUGUUUGUCAUUUUUUACAGUUAUGUCGGGUGGAAAAAAUAUUUCAUAUGUACAGUGUGUUAAGAAGACCAAGGUGAUAUUCGCUGGUCAUAGUAAAAUUUGUAA